AUGGCAGAAGGGAGCAUUCCGGAAAUCGUCAUCACUGGCCUAGUAUCAUUGAAUCAGACAGUGCACGUCCCAAUACUCCCUUCACCCUCUACAAAUGCCCCACAACCAGAUUUAGCUUUCUUAUCCCCUGACUCUAGGUCACGACGUCCCAUAUCAUUAGAAUAUCGCUCACAUUCCCCAUCCCCUACUGUUAUCUCCUCAAACGGCGGGGCUUCCCUAGUUGUCCCACCCACUUUGUCAACUUCCGUCCAUGUAACCACUCUGUCCCUGAGGGAUAAUAAACCAGACGAGCUUAACCAUCAUUCUUCCUUGUAUCUUCUCAAACCUCCAAGGAACAAAACUCUUUCCAAUGUUGCUCCCUCCACUCAGCCAAUCCCCCCAAUACCUAUCCCAGACGACUUAACGAGCUUCAUCAAUCGAUGCUGUGAAUACCCAGUUUCCGGCGGCGGAUAUGGAGAUAUCUACAAAUGCGUAUAUCACGGACCAGACGGUGAUAUAGAUGUCGCCGUCAAAGCAAUUCGAUCAUUCGUCAGUGCUGAGGUGCCCCGGAGAGAGCUUGGCAUCUGGAAGAGGUUGAAACAUAAGAACAUCUUGAAGCUUAUGGGUACUACUCGACACUUUGGCCCCUCUGUGGCUCUGGUGGCUCCAUGGAUAGACAAUGGCUCCCUGACGUCGUUCCUCAGCCAGAACAACGGAACCCUUACGCUGCGCGAUCGCUUGCUUCUGCUCCGUGACAUAGCCGAUGGCCUCAACUAUCUUCAUACAUUCAGUAUAGACGGACACGCUUACUCGAAUGCAGUUGUUCACGGCGACCUAACUGGCAACAAUGUUCUCGUCGGUAGCGAUGGAACUGCAUACAUUGCAGAUUUUGGCCUUUCUGGAACGUUAGAAAAAUCGCUCGGGAUGACGUACCUUGUGAAAAUGGGCUGUCAUCCAGGAGCAUUGAGGUGGACGGCUCCUGAACUUCUUGACGAAGAAUCAGCCUCUGCAGUUACCGCUAAAUGUGACAUGUACUCGUUUGGUUGUAUUGUGCUUCAAGUUUUGACCGGGGACGUUCCUUGGCCUCACUUGACUAGUGCAUUCACAAUCUGCCGCAAAGUGAGCUUUCAGGGGGAAAUGCAUCCUCGUCCAGACGGCGAUCAUAUUAUUGACCGGCACUGGAAUUUCAUGACCCAUUGUUGGUCAAAAAUUCCCGACGAUCGUCCUUCUGCUGAAGAAGCGCUUCAAUUCAUUGAUAGCGAGCUCGCUUUGGAGGGCAGCACCCUGCCUUGA